UGAUUGGUUCGGGUUUUGAAAGAUGGGGUAAAGAUCGGCCGUAUAUUUCUGGUGGUGGUCUCAAUGGUACUUAUCAAUUGUUACAAUUUCAUUUUCACUGGUCGCAGAGAAAUGAUACUGGUAGUGAGCAUACCAUUGCAUCGUUGCAUUAUCCUGGCGAGUUGCACUUAGUGCAUGUGAAAAAAAAUCCAUCACCGGAUGAAGUAAAUACCAUUGCUGUUGUUGCUGCAUUUAUAAGACUUGAUGAUCAUGUUGGAUCAUUGCAUAAGCUUAAACCAUAUAUUCAAAAUAUCAAAAUGCCAAAGACAGAGCUUGUGGUACCAGGUUUUAGUGCUAAUUCAUUGCUUCCAGAACGUAGGGAAAAUUUCUAUAGGUAUGAAGGAUCAUUAACAACACCUGGCUGUGAUGAAAGUGUUAUAUGGACAGUUAUGGCGGAUCCUAUCACAGCUACUCCAUCACAAGUAUAA